AUGUAUAAUGAAGAUGAGGGUAGAUUUUCCAUCAUUGGAAACAAGAUGUCUGCAGAGCACCAACUCCGUGUACACUUCUUCUCGAUUUUCUUCAUAGUUGGGCUAAUUUAUAAAGAAAGUGAAGGUAAUUGAAUGGCUACUUUUAGUUUAAGAACUGUUUCAUAGAAGAUGAAUGGAGAACUGUAAGCUUUAAGCCGAAAAUAUUGUUCGCAAGAAGGAGGAAGCAAUCAGUUUAUAACAAGAAAUCAUUUUUGAUAAAAAAGGAUUUGUUUUAAUAGGUAUAAUACCGAAUAUAAAGUCGUAAAGUAGUACUAGUUAUUAAAAAUAGUUUGUUCUUGUGUGCACUACAGGACUCAGCUUCAAAGCAGGAAAAUUCAAUGUGACCACAACCUUGAGUCUGUUUGCCUGUAAGAAUGUUUCUUUUGAGGAGCCUUUUCACGGUAGACAAGAAAUUAAAAUCUUCAUUUCUAAAAGCCAUGCAACGAAAGGUUCUACUCGUGGAAAUGGCGCAGCAAUUUGGGUGGAAUCUGUGAAUAAAAAGGCAUUUACUGUCUGUGUUUUGGAGUACGGAGAUGGCUCAAGUGGCGCUUCACAAAUGAACUGGAUCGCGCUGCAAUCGGAACCUGUUGGCACUCAACUGGAUACAGCCUCGUUAAACUCCUGGACUACUGGAACAACGUGCAAAAGGAUCGCUUUUGAAAAGGUUCGAUUAGUUCAGUUUUUCAUUCUUUUUCAUUUCAUUUGGUUUGCUUGCUACACAAAACAUCCCUUUCCCCAAAAAGAGAAGCAAUGACAACAACUAAAAAACCUUUUGCCUUAACAUUUAUUAUUUCAUGAGUCUAUUUCUGAAAAGUGCUGGAGUCAUAUAGUUUCCGCAUUUUUAACUGCGUUGUAUUUGCUGCUAUGGCUGAAGUUGUGACAUGCUUUUUUUAGCAUUACGUUGUCUUAGUAAAUUUUUUCGUGUUCGCAAUAUUUUUUGAGGAGAUGAAACCUUUGAUUGAUAGACUCUUCGGAUGAGGAAAACAAAACAAUUUAAAUAUGAAUAAAUAUUUAUAUAGUGAAAUAACUAAGGAGCUUUACAGUCAUUAAAGUAGCGGCCAUAUUGGCUGCCACAGUUGGAUUUUACUUAAAAUUGAGUUUUUGCUCAAAUUUGUCUCACUAGAACUUAAAUUAAGGCUUUAUUUAUGAAGUAUCCUAUGAUAAAAAGUAUUUCUUCUAUAGAACUAUUCCAUUUUAUUUUACCUGAAAUUAAGAAAGUAACGCGCAUUUUCAAGGCUUAGAGAAGGCUUAAUAGCAUUUAUGCUUUUGAUGGUUUCAUGUCUCGCUGCUAUAGCAAACUUCCAUCACUAAAGUUUAGUAAAAUUUGUCAAAGGAAUAAAAUGAACAGUUAUUAGAAAGGAAAUUAGGCUUUGGUAUAAACUUUGUAAAAAUAUUGGCCAAAAACCUGGCGCCUCGACUACUUCAAUAGUUUCAAUUUUUAAGUUCCAAUAGUUUGUUUUUCGUAGUCCCUUUCCACCUUUUUCCGAAAACCCAACUUAUUUUUUUUAAACACUUAACAAUCACGAUUAUUCUUAAAAAUACACAAUUUCAGCUCCAUUUCUCCCAAGAAUUCUUAAUUUUUUUUAUUUGCUGUGAUCCGCUAUUUAUUCCCUCUAUAUUAUUUGUGAACCUAAAUUUGCUAUUACUACUUUUGAUUCUUCUAGUCGACUACUUUUUUGACAUGUCCCUAAUAUCCACGGUUUCUUAUUCCUUACUGGCUUCUGAGUGCUUUGUUUCUUUUAUUAAAACGUCUCUCUUCUAGUAUCGUUUCUGAACAAUUCUACUUGCAACUCCAUUAAACGAGAUGAACUUCAAAGUUACUAAUUUCUCAUCUUUUAUUAGUCUGUUAGUUCUCUAUUUACGUGUCAUACGGUUUUGUCAAAAGUUGUUUAAAUUUUCAUUUCCAAAUGUGAUGAACUUAAAAUCGUUUUCAUCUCAAAUUUUGAUUUUCGUUUUACACUCCAUUAUCGAUAUGGCCUAUUUUUUUUGUAAAAGCACUAUAGAUCAAACUAUUUUUGCUUGUUUGUUUUCUUUUAUUUAUCUUUUUGCUUGUUUGGUUUUGUUUUCCUAUUUUCUUUAUUGCCCUAGCUUAACCCUUACACUUCUACUGCCAUUUGGCAAAGAAAGAUAAUUACCUUCCCUUCAUUGUUAUCUUUGUUGAUUGAAAAUGUAUAUAUUUUAUGGAUGAUAUAUUUUAAUUGUUCACUUUUUUCACCCCUUCAGCGUUUCUUGGCUCCUCCAAACAUCUUCGUAACUGCUCGUCACCAGGUUCUCAAAAGACCUCAAGACGCUUUGGCCUUGUGGGUAGAAGACUUGCGCAAGGACAGCUUUAAACUUUGUGCCAGAGAAACCAAGAUUUUUGAUGGAGUUCAUAAAAACAUCAAAGUGGUGAGUGAUAUUCCAGUUACUUGAUUUCUUCAACUACAUCUUGUUUUGUUAUCAGUAGUGUCUUUAAACGAGAUGGAACAAAUUUGAUAUAUAAUGAAAUGUUGAAAAUUUCAUAAACAGCCAUUCAGAUUGUAACAAUAACGCAAGAAGUAAUGCAACAAGGCUGCAUUAGUUGCAUGUAAAUGCCGGAAUGGUAUUAUCAUUUUCGCUCACAUUUAACUUUCAUAUUUGACAUUUCAACCCUGUCUGAGCGUUAAUAUUUGUACAAUUUCUCAUUAACUUUGAGAAGCUACCAUUUAACCAUUUGUUAUCCUCUUACCGCACAACCCAUACUUUUGCAUACACUAAACGACGCUUCCGAAAGGCUUCAGCGUUUUUUUUUCUUUUUUUUAAUUUAAUUUUUUUUUCACUGAAACAAGAUUAACGUCAAUCGGUAAAGUGCUCAAAAAGUAGCUGUCCACCAAAUACAUUGACCUUUAGCAACAAAACAUUGCCAAAAAUUAUUAUGUCUGCUAAGUGAACAGUUAAUAAAGAGAAGACGUUCUGACUCAAACGUUUUUCCAAUUCCCUCCCCUUCCCCCCUGCGUCCCUGCUUGUCCCUGUAAGAGUUAGAGAAAUGUUGAAUAUUAAGUGCUGUUGUUGGUUACCCUUGAGUUUGUUUUGAAAGCGUAAUAACAGUAAGAACAAAUGUUGCAUUUAGAAAGUUCACAUUCUUGCUUGAUAUCUUUACCUCUUCCCUGCAGGACUGGAUGGCUUUUACCAAAUUAAAGACUGACAAUUUUACCUUGACUGAUAGUCUCGUGUUUAAAAACAACAACUCACCAUUACAAAAACGGAACAAAAACGCCAUUUGUCAGGUAUAUGUAUAGUGUCAUGUUUGAUAGUGUUCAGCACUGAAAGCUCAUGUUUUCCUGUUCCCUCUGCUUGUCUUUGUCAUUCAAAUUAAGGAUUAACUAAAUCUUUGAAUAAAUUGUAUCCUCUCAAAAGAAAAAGUCUCAUUUUUCCGGCCUGCAGUUAGUUAUAAGAAGAAAUCAGAAAUGGAUGUUCACGUUGUCUUUCUUGGAAAAUAACUACCUAUUUGAGUUGAGAUUUAUAUCAUUUGUUUUUUUUUCUGAUUUCAGAUGGUUAAGUUCCAGGACGUCUUUUAUGCCCCUCCAGUUGUAGUGGUGUCUCCAAGACUUGGUUACAAUAACAACAGAUCACGUUUAUCAGGAUUCGAACCAUGCAACGCAGUUACAUCCUGGGUUGAGGUUAGAAAUAUGUAGUCUGCCUAUUCUUACUGUGGUUCGAAUGAGGAGAAUUUGAUUAAAAGUCAAGGAAUUAUUUCCUUUGAUCGUUUUCCUUACUCACGUUAUAAUAAGUAAACCUACAUUUUUCAAACAACUUCAUUUGCUUAAGAGGUUUUUACUAUUAUAUAGCGUGAUAUAUACAGACAAUAAAGACUAUUUAUAGUUUCUCAUUUUUAAUUACUAUAAAUACGGCAAAUUAAAUAAAACCAAGCUCUCAGCAAAGAAAACACUUGUACAAUAACUUUUGUGCAGACUUCUCAGAUGAAGACUGACUUUUUUAUGGUUACUCGUUUGGUUCUUUAAAGCUAAUUUCUAAAAAAAAUUAGUCCCACAGGUUCUUAACAAUUAGGUUUUGACUGCAAUUGCACUAACCAUAAUUUUUUUGAAAUAAAUUAAUCGAACAAGUUGGCUGAAACUAAAGUUUAGAAAAAUUGUUAUAUUAAUAUUGUGUUAUCUUUUAUUAUAUAUUCACAUACGUUUUAGCCUUUGAAUUUACCCUAUUGCAACAAAGUGUUAUAUUAUAUAUGUGGAAUAUGAACUCAAAGUUUUUUUUUCGCUGUUUUCGAAUGUGCGUAGCAUACAUCUACAAACGAAACAGAAGUGUGUGUGAGAAGCUACAACAAUGACGCCAGGGAUCAUAAGGACGUUAUGAAAGUCGAUUAUAUGGUAAUUGGAGGUAGGCAAUAAAUUAUGUAACAUAAAAUGAGGGAAUAGCAGGGAAUUUAUGUGCUCUUUUAAUAAUUAUACGUACAUAAUAGUGAAAAUCUGCACAACGCUUAAGUGCAUAAUUAUGUUUUGAUCAAAUUUUAAUCCUAAGUUUUAUCCAAAGUCAUUCAGAUUAUACCGUCAUUUCUAUACCCAAAAACGAAAGAAAUUGAAAUUAAAAGCUAGUAGGUUAUGGGUUGCAAUCUACAACAUUUAAGGAAAUAUUCUUGUGGUUUAACCAGUGCCCUGGUAAAUCUGAAAUUCCAGGGUUAUUCCGGGAUAAUUUAUCCAAUGCAGAAAUGAAUGAACCUUUAAUGCUGCCCUCUGAUUUCAUGACUUGUAUGUUUUUCUUUUAGACUUGGAUCCUUGUAUAGAUGUGACAUGUCAUUAUCACAGUCUGUGUAAGGCUUUUGGACCAAAUGAUGCGCGCUGUGUGUGUUUGGACAGCUGUCCAACUUACAAAGAACCCGUAUGUUCAUCCAAUGGCACAACAUACGACAACAAAUGUCUGUUUGAACAGGAAGUUUGUCUCAAUCGACUAAACUUUACCAUACAACAUCCUGGCAGCUGUGAAGGUCAGCCACUUUAUUACCUUAUUUCAAGGUUUUUCUUUUUCAAUGAAUUCUGCUAAUUUUUCGAUUAAUAGUAAAAGUUUCUUUCACUAGGUUUUUGUUUACUUUUCCACUCUUUCUAAAAUAAAGUUAUUGCGUCAACAAUGGACUUAAGUUUGUUACUGUUAGCCUAUAACUAAUCUUUGUAACUUCUUUUUAGGAUUUCCAUUUCAACGUGGUCGCCAUCACAUGCCCCAUAUUCCAUCUCUGGGAUAUUCUCAUUGUCAAGAAAUUCGUUUUAAGCCUUUUGUGUUUUAUCCUGACAAAACCAUUGAAGUGCAGAUUGCUGUCAAUCAUAUUGAUACCAGUGUUAAAUCCUAUGUCCAUGACGCGGCGGUAUCGUGGAUUGAAAAUGUCAAUAACGACGGAUUUACUGCCUGUGUGAUGGCAGCAGGAUAUAACGAAAGAAAGUCGUAUGCUAACGUGACAGUUGAUUGGAUGGCAUAUCAAGGUGCUCCAGUGGGUGGCGUGACUGGUGAACUGCACAUGUCACAGUGGUGGACAGGAACAACUUGCGCAACUGUGAGAUUUCCCACCGUAAGUUGCUUUGAUCUAUAGUUCUCGAUGCUUUCUUUUUCAAGUCGUUUAGGAUCACAUCAUCCAGUUUAACAAAACAAUAAAAGUGACCGUUUUUUGUAAUUAACCCCGUCUACUUAAUAUGUAUUUUCGACAAAGAAAAACUUAGCGUCCAAACUGCCACUUUUAAUCACUUUACUGAAUCUAUGGAGAUCAAUAUUCUUGCUUCGAAUUGUUACUAAAAAUUAAAGGAAACUGAUGAUGAUAAGUUAAAAUUCGGAGUAUGCCAAGCAUUUUAGCAGAAUGACGAUUUUAUGUUAUUUCGCUCUCAGGGGAAAUUUUCAGCCAAACCUUCAGUCUUUGUGACGUCAAAGCGUUACAAUCCAGGACUAAAACGUGACGCUGCUAGUGUAUGGAUUGAAGAUGUAACGAAAUCAUCAUGUAAAGUUUGUAUGAGAGAACUGCAGAAUUAUGCUGGAUCACACCGAGAUAUUUUUGUUGUAAGUAUAGUGUGUCAUUAUUUCAAGUGUCAAACAUUAAUCACGCAUUGGGCUGUCACGCUUUGACGUAGUGCCAAAGCUUUGACUCUCGGGCUUAAGCUACCGGUAAUUCCACAGAGUCCUUGAAGAGCUGCUAUUAUCGCGGACUCGAGCAACUCUGCAAAUUCAUUUCAGAAUAAGUUAUUAAAAACCGCAAGUUACUUUUUAACAUUCUUCACCUUCACCUCUAACCCUUUGUUUUUUAAAUUGUUAUCUUGACUGAUUUAUUUCGAUUAACAAGAACUUACGCGUUGUUUAUUGACUUGUAUUUUAGAAUUGGCUCGCCUUUUCGAAUCUUCCCAACACUCCCUUUUCGGAACAUAGCUCGAUCUACUUUGCAAAUGAUAAACCUCCCGACAGGAGCCAUUAUAAUUCAUUUUGCAAGGUCAGUAGUAAAGUUUGAGUUUGAAUCCAGAUCUAAGUUUAAAUCCUUUAAUAAGGGAGCUGUCAAAUUUUACUUUCAGGUCUUGCUUGUGCUUUGGAAGAUUUUUAAUCUUAGCAAUGUACAGUGAUAUGGAAGAAAAGAAAAAGAAAAAGCGCUCUUAUUUAAGUGUCAAUGUAUUUAGUAAGAAAGUACUAAUUGGGGACACUAUUUUUACGUCUCCUACCGAAGACGGUACCGCCAUUUUACGUGGUCAUCUAAGCUACGGAAGGUCUAGCCAUUUGCGGGGCAAAGGCAGUACCUUCAUUUUUCAGUUAUUUUGAGAUCCUGUGUAUUGGUCCGGUCCCGGGAAUCGAGCCCGCGACUUUCCGCUCUGCAGUCAAACGCUCUACCGACUGAGCUAAACCUGCCGCGGUAUGAACUGCAUACUGACUUAUUUCGAUGAAUGUAACACCCCAUUUAUUUUGGUCCUAAAGACACCAAAGUCACAUAUUCACUCAUAACUCAUUCACCUCUGUGAUACGUACAAUUGAAUUCAUAAUUCCAUUACGGGAGGCUAAAGAAAAAAAGUAAACGUUAACCUCCAUUUUCAUGGCAAUGUCAGUUGUCAAUUUUGUUGUUGUAAUGAAGCCUGUUUUACAAUAGGCUUCUUGUGCUGAGUUGAGUUAGCUAUCCUCCAAAUAACGUUGGCCUCGAAAUAUCUUUCCUCGGACUGUUUUUGUAUUUCAGCAAUUAAAACGUACGUCAUUUAAUUGUUUUUUUUUCUGGACGAUGUUAAUGUUGAUGUGGCAUUCUGUUCCCAAGAUUUUCAUUUGCAGAGAACUGAACCAGUUAAUUAACGAUUAUCUCAAACAUCAUCACGAAAAGAAGAAGAUCCCCCCUUUGCUGUGUGGAGCAAGGCGAAAUCAACUUGUGAAACUUGCAUGAAAACUUUAGACCGAAAUUCUCAGGUUUCAGUAUAUUUCCUUCUUACCCGUCUGAAAUCGAGGAAACUGUAAAUAGUAGUGGUAAACCGUUUAGUACGUUUUAGUGCUACAGAUUCUUACCAGAGAAUUCUCUAAAUAAAAAAGGCAGUUUGAUUGCAAGUGGACGAUAUCUUGGGGACACUUCUCCUUCAAGUUUUAUAAAAUACUUCAUCUUUCACAGGACGUUAUCUUUGUUAGAACUUAUAACACAACGCCACAUGUCUUCGUUUCUGCUUCUCAUUCAACAAAAGGAGGGAAUCGAAGUCCACUUCAUAACAGCAUAGCUGCCUGGGUGGAGGUUGGUAGCUCAAAGUGAUGUCAGGAUAUUAAAAUCUAUAUCAAAUCGACUUUUGGGGAUUAAACCUAGCUGUAUAUUGACUGUAUUGUCGUAAAUCCAAAAAUUGUUACCUCGGUGAGAUUGUCAGUUUUGUUAAGAAUUACCGAAAAUACUUAGUAAUUAUAUUAUUGAAAGAAAAAAAAAAGAGCAGAACAUUUAUUUUGAUAUUGUUAUAGGUGGGGCAAAAUUACAUGUGUAUAGAGGGCUUAUGUGCCAUUACUUAUCAAGUUUGAUAGCAGUACAGAACACUUCCGUAUCGGGCGCUUUUUUUUAACUCUUUACUCUUAAUGGUUGAUUUGAUGGUACAAAAAAACGUUUCUCGAUCAAUUCAGUGCUAAAUUACCUUGAAAUUACUUAUUGUAACAAAAAGUAAUUGUGAAUCAGGUUUUAAUUUCUCCUGUGUUUUAUGCAAUGCAUAUCUUCUGAACUGUCUACCUUUUCACGUAAAAUCAUUCCGGCUUUCAGAACUGUAAAGCCCCUCUUUUCAGAUGUCGAGCUCAGUCACAUGUGCUUUAUUUAUGAUGCUAAUAAGGAAACUAUAUUGUUCUCACUCAGGUUUAGAUGCAGCACUGAUGUGAAUUAAUGUAAGAUCUAUGUUUGAAUCUGGCCUAAUAUACAUACUGAUGUUCACUGCUUUUUAUGUACAGCACAUUAACAGGACAGGGUUUCGCGUUUGUGUCAAAGAACUGUAUGAGGCAAAAUACGACCCACUUUUCAUAUCCUACACAGUUUUAUCAGGUAAGAGAUUUAAUGCAAUACAGAGAAGAUCUUUUUACGGUAGACCUUCCAAUAUUGUCUCUUGUUUGUGACUCAGUGUCGUGCUUUAUACUCAUAGACGUCUGUCCAGCUGGAUGGGAUUACUUCAGUGGAUACUGCUAUUUAACAAGCUCUGUAUGCGCACCUUGGGUGACUGCUGUGUCCAACUGUUCAACGAUGAACUCACAUCUGGUAACAGUGCACAACCAAGAGGAAAAUGUGUACAUACAGCACCGUCACAAUGGCGAGCGAUCAUGGAUUGGCUUAAAUGACCGAAGCGUCGAGGGAUCGUUUGAGUGGACAAACAAGGAAAUAAGUAGCUUUCAUUUCUGGGCUCCGCAACAACCAAACAACUUGAAAAACGAAGACUGUGUUCACACCCUUGGUGUAAAGGAUGGCUACACUUGGAACGACGUGUCAUGUGACAAAUGCUUCAACUACACUUGCGCUGAAGGUUUUAAAGUUGUCAGUUGUUCUAAACCUAAGAAAUUAUUCAAAACCAACUCGUCACCAUCUUUAAUAACAAUUGAUAAUUUUUUGCAGAAUAUAGUGCGCGUGUUUUUUCUUAAAAUGUAUGCCUUCUUCAAUGUUAUGUGGUCAGAUGCAGGUUAUUUGAAAUCAAGUUGAAGCUGACUAGCCUGGCUGCAGGGGUUCUUGUUUGUAACUUGUUACACAGCUACUUCCUCAUCGCGUCAUUAUUAAGGUCAUUUUUCAGUGGAAAGUAACUGUGUCCUACCACUACUCUACAAAAUAAGAUCAUGCUUAUAAAAUCGUAUUGUAGCCAAGUAAUGAUCAUGAGUGAUUUUUUUAUCUACUGCAGAAACGGACAGUUGCGCUUGUAAUUAUCACAGAUGUGAUGCAAAGGCUGCUCUUCAGAUUACUAAUGAGUUCACAUAUUGGCAUUUGCAAAGAUGGAUUUCUUGAAAAUGGAAAAAAAGAGUGCUUUUUGUAACUAACUCCGCGUCUGUGUGACCUUCACGUUCUUGAUUUUUACCAGCCUGGCGAAGAAUUGUAAUGGGCAUUUUAUCCAGCUUAGUUUUGCACACAAUUUCGUUUUAACGAACACAGAUAAAUCUGUAAAUAACAAAAUACCACCUUGCCACAAUUUAGUCUCCUUAUGGUAUAUUAUAUAAACAAAAAGAGCUUCUUUCUGGGCCUUCAGUUUGACUUUUACUGUACUCCCCCGGCGGUUGUAGUUCAUUUUUUUCUUGAUUAAAAUUUUAUUUUCCGUUGUUUCAAACUCAUUAUCAUACAUCAGUGCGCCAAAAGACAAAGCAAAACCAAAUUGAAACUAAGGAAAAAUUGAAUCAUAACGCAUGAACUAAUUAGCUAUGAGGCACGGACUGCUCAUGUUAUAAUUUUUUGUUAUCAGAUAUAGAUGAAUGCAGCAACAAAAGCCAUACCUGUGAUGUCAAUGCGGAUUGUAGCAACACUCAAGGUUCUUACAACUGCACUUGCAAACCUGGAUACUCAGGAGAUGGAAAGAAAUGCAUUGCAGUUGGUAUGCAGCAUCCCUAUAGAAUUAUUAUCAUUUGUUGUCCUCGUCAUUAGAUAUAGAUGAAUGCAGAAACAAAACCCAUACCUGUGAUGUGAAUGCAGUUUGUAGCAACACUCAAAGGUCUCACAACUGCACAUGCUAACCUGCAUAUUCUGGAGAUUGAAAGAAAUGCACCGGUAUUCCUAUAAUAUUCACUGACCUUCUCUGAUUAUCAUUUAUUGUCUCCGUCAUUAGGUGCGGUUAUGCACCAUGGUAAAGGGUAUUUCCCACAGUAAAAAAAAAGCCGUGGUUAGUUUAGCGUGGGUUUAGUUUACAUCAGGGUUACACCUGACUUAACUACCAAAGUAAAUUAGCUGCUCUUACGGUUUUAUGGUUUGCUGUUUUGGAAUUUGACUUUUCCCUCCCCUCUUAAUUUACCCAAGUGUGUUAUUAUUAAACGUAAGAGAGCAUAUGCUGUUCUGGGAGCUAUUCAAAAUAACCGAUAUUUGUAAUGGUAUUUGUAAAUCAUGCUGGGUACUCAAAUUAUUGCAGCUACACUAGUUCUGGUAUACAUAAUGGAAGCAUUAACUUUGUAAAACUAAGAUGCAGUCCAAACGGUCCUAAGCCGUUCUUAUUUUCUUUCUUUCUUUUCUUUUUGUUAUUUUGUUUUGUUUUCUUUUUCUGUAGGACCAGGUUGGACGCGCGAAAACCCUGCUAAAUCCUGUAAGGACAUCCGGGACUUAGGGUUCUCCAAAGGAGAUGGCGAGUACUGGAUUGAUCCUGGAAAGACUGGAAACCCAUUAAAAGUGUUUUGUGACAUGACAACUUACGGAGGUAACGUUUAAACAAUUCACAGAUCUGUCAAAGUAAACCUAAAAUUUCAAUUAAAGUGUAAGAAUAAAUAUCGUUGUGGCCUUUGUCUGGCGCUAGUAAACAGUCACUUUUGAGAUUUCUAAACUGAGUACUGGUUGCUAUUCCAACUAACAUUUCGCGUCGUUGUCACAAAUAAAUUAAAAACAAAAUCAAUCAAACAAACAUACGGGCAUGAUGCAAUUUGGCUUUAACAAUAAUUGUCGAUGAGGUUUCACGUUGAGAGUGAUGCAGAAAACUAAUCUAGUUUGUGAAUCAAGCAAAUUUGCAAUCCUUUUUUAGUUUUGCUUUUAUCUCCAACACAAACCUAGUCUUCUUCGCAGCCGCUUAAUUGGGCCUGAGUCCGUGGGGUCGGCCGGCCAGUAUUGGGUGACUCGCAUCCGGCCUAAGUGGCUAGGGAGAAGAAAAGCACAAACCGGGUCUUCAACAAACCAAGGACACCGGUUUUCAAAGACUUGUUACAGAUAUUUCAUCGGAACAGGACACUCCAACCGUCGUUUACAGUACAUUAAUAUGCGGCCAAUGUACACCGUUUUUGAGUGGGCACCAACUCGGGCCUACAAUAUUUUUGCUUACAUUUUCUUUACUUCCUAGGCAAAGUUCUCGAAUACUUCAAUAUUACAGUUUGUAAAGGGGUGUAAAUCCGUUAUUUUACUCGAUAGCCUGCGUAGCUGGCGGUAUUGUGUAGUAGUUGAGUGAGAUUUGACGGCGGAGCCGUCACGAGCGGCGAAGCCGCGAGGGUAUUUCAACCACCUCGUCCCUACUUCCUUUUUUUGGAACACAGCUCCGCUGCCAAAACUUUAAUCUCGCACCCACACAAUACCGCCAGCUACGCAGGCUAUUUACUCGAGAACUUACUAAAUUCCUUGGAGUUGUUUUAAAUUUGAUAUAAAUCGAUGCGCUUCGCGUUCCGUGUUGGUACCGUCGGUAUUGCCGGCUUGUUGGCUGACAUGACAAAUCGGAACCUUGUGUGAUUUCAGGUGGUUGGCUUCUCGUCUCAAGACUUGUGUUGAGCAGCUCAACUCCCCCGUCUCGUCUGCCAGUGAAGAAUUCAUACCGUGGAAUAAGCAGCAAACAAGUUUUUCUCACAACAACCGCCAUGAAAGAGCUAAGAAAGGUCCUGCCUUUCACUCAGAUAAGAUUCCUUUGCAAGAAAAAGAGACCUGGACGAACAUUCCACAUCACUACGGCCGCUAAUUCCAAAGGCGAAGCUGUCGUCCAGUUCUUUAGCGGUGCUACAGAUGCUUUCCCUGCUUCGUGUGGCUCUUUUGUCAUAAUGAACAAUGACAACUCGAGAUUGGCAAGACUUUGUAAUAAGUGGGGAAAUGAAAGAGGCUCUUACUAUGUGGCUAAAUGGGGUCAUGACGGAAUGGAUAGAGAAAGUCGGCUGUACAAUCUCGUUGCCUUUGUAAGAGCCUCUUAUCACUGGAUGAACGUAGGAGGCAGUUGUGAAUGCGAUGAUUAUAGUAGAAGUGUGUCGUCUGGUGAUUUUUGGAAAGUCUAUGUUCGAUAGCGAGUUAUUUGCUGUUCCAGCGAAGCGAUAAUAAAAGUCCUG